GUUGCAUUAACCCUCAGUCGUGUUUGAGUUGCGCUUCGAUACGUUUGCUGAAUUUCAACGUGUGUAACGUUCGUUACAGUGGAAUAAAAAAUAUAUUUCCAAUAACUUCACAUCAGUAAUCGUCGAGGUCUUGAGCCAGUCGCCAAUUUUUUUUAAUAAAUUUUAGUGAAUCAAUAAUCUAAACAAGAUGAUGUCAAGCCCAGCUAUGGAAAUGCAAGUUGAAGAGACACCAUACGCUCUGCGUCGCCUUUGGAACCUAACUCGAGCGCGCCUUGCAGGAACGUCUACCGCCCUCGAUGAGGAACCUGCUUUGGUUGAAACUUUACCUCCUGCUCAGGAACCAGAAGUAACACCGAAACCAUUGAUUCCAGUCCCAAGUGACUAUGAGAGCGAUGGAGAGGAGGCGUUCCCUGAGUUGGAAAUACCUGAUCAACAUGAAGUACAAUGCAAGAGUUAUUGGACCGAAAAUGCCUACGAAAAGGAAGCUAUCCUUGACGCCGGUGCACUCGGAGAUAUUCCUGCUGUAUAUCGCGUACCCAAGCCUGCUCCUCACCAGAUGCCAGUUAUCGGAGUUUACAUCGACCCCCGAGUCAGAACUGGCUUCAGAUACAAAAUUAGACCCAUGCAGACUUUGGACGCGCAACCUCUAUCAGUGAAGCCAAGAUACUUAUUUGAUGGGAAGGCCUUAACUCUCCAAUCAAUUGGGCGCGGAUUCGCUCGACGCCUGACAUUUGAACCCCAAGGUUCAACACUCAAUGAAAACACCAAUUUCUUCUGGACUGACUCACGCCCUGAAGGAUUUGUGUUUGAGAUAGAAGCAGUAUCUGUUGGGGACAAAUUCACUAUUUAUGACGCUAACCACGAACCUCAGGGAAUUUUGGAAGUCGUUCAACAGCAGAAAAACCAAUUAGAAGUAGAUCAACAGAUCUUCGAAGAUGGGUCUAUCGAGAAGAAAGUAAAAAUUAAUACACUAUGUAAAGUGGAAUGGUAUGAAAAUGACGGUGCUACAAAAUUAGUGCCGGUCACUGGAAUUGCUAUUUUGAAAAAGAGCCGUGGAAAUGCGGCGGUGACAAGAGUUGUCAAUGUUGCCGUUGGAAUCAAACAGCUCAAGAAGGGAUAUGAACUGAAACCCGGCAUUAAAUCAUCAUCACGCAGAAUUACCGUCAAUGGAUCUGAUAUUAAAGAUAUUCCUUGCCAAUACUCCGUUGUUGGACUUGAGAGAUACGAGCUUCCUGUUAUUGGAACAUACAUCGAUCCCCGCAUUGUCCCUGGAUUCCAUUACCGUGUACGUCCAGCUCACAGCCGUCGUCAUCUAUUCGAAGGACGCAGUUUAUUGUUGCAGUCCAUUGGUUUAGGAUAUGGAAAACGUAUCACCUUCAAGCCUGAUUCGCUCAACGCUCCCGAUAACUACUUCUGGUCUGACUCUCAUCCCGAAGGACUUGGAAUGGAGCCGCGAGCUAUUCAUCCCAACAUGAAAUUCACAAUUACAGGAAACGGGGGCCUUUUGCUGGGUGAAGCAAUCGUGUUCCGUGCUGAUUUGCCUCAAGUAGAAGAAAAGACUGAAUAUGUGGAGGUGCCAGGGCAGCGCGGAAAGGCAGUUGAGAAGUACAUCCAAGUGAAUGUUACAUGCCACGUUAAAUUGGCAACUACCGGUGGUGGCUCCGUCGACUCCGAAGUUCACUUAAUGAAAGUGUCUGGCGUAGCUCUAGUACGCAAGGACCCAGGUCAAAGCGUCGCUAAGCUCGUGAAGGUCUACAACGUCGGCCUGGACUCGCAACUCAACCUGCUCUUCGCACACUCACAGACCGAGCUCACAUUCCACCCCAUGCCUUAAGACCACGACGAGUUUCGAAUGGUAUUGCAAUACUUACGGUGAGACGUACUCAUCUGAUUGUAUUGUAAUACCAAAAAUACCUACCUGGCGCGACAUAGGCUCCGUCAAACUAUUCGAUUUGGUCACGAGUUUGCAACUGAUGGAAGGUCAACAUAAUUGCAUCAUUGACACUGGGAUUUCGGUUGCAACGCUUCAAUGAAUAACAUGAGCUGCUAACAUCUAAAGUCCAUACCUAGCAAUCGCUUGUGUUGUUUAGUCUUCGGAGGCUAACGUUCACCACCUUGACACAAAA